CUUCAGUAAUAACGAUAAAAUAAUUUAUAUGGUUCAAAAUUUCACAAAUUAUCCAUUACAAUUUACAUUUUACAAUGACCUACUUGCUCAAGUAGAUGACGAAUUAGGUACACUCAAAAAAUACUAAUACAUCAGACUUGCAAAGCGACUUCGCUAGUCUUAAAAAUCUUUAUUAUUAUAUGAAUUAUUCUCCAAGUCAAAUAUGACUUGAUGCAAAUUAUCAGUAUUUUCAUUUACAAUUUCGACAUAACAGCGUCGACUUACGCCGGGACACAGAUCGAUUGUGUCACGUAGCUAGGUAAAAUAGGUCACGAUAACAUGAUAAUUAUAUAAUAUAUUAUUUUAUAACAACGUGGAAUCGUGUAAUGCACAGAUACGAAUUUUUUUUUUAUCCAAAGAGUGUCAGUCCUCAAGCAGUAAGUAGGUAGGCACCGAAUUAAUCGAUUCCGCGAAUUAUUCUAUCUAUUAAAACUUAAAAUGUUAUCCUAUCGCACAACAAUUUUGUAGGCUAAAUUUUCAUAAACAUUUCACCUAAGCGUUGCACCUAUCUGCCGUUCGUUUUACGGUGUGCACGGAAUUAUCGAGCCCAAAGCAUUCAGCAUACCUACAUUAUGUGUCAGAUUACAGUAUUGUAAUUGUACAGGAAUGUGCACUUAAAAACAGUAUGAGUAAAGAAUACGAAUCAGUUAAAAUCCUUCAGUGGUUUGGCUUUCGAAAGCUACUUUAUAUGGGACGAGACUAUCCUCAAGGUUACGACUUUUUCCGUUCACGGUUGAAAAAAGCUUUCCAACGUAACAGCGACAUCAGUGAUCCUGAACAAAUAAAGAUGCUGGUCAAACGUGGAGAGUUUGUCGUCAAAGAGAUCGAGGCCCUCUACAUGCUCAAAAAAUACAGAACAUUAAAAGAUAGAUAUUCUACGGAGAAGGAUCAAUCAUAGUCAAUAGAGCUAUUUAUUUAGUAUUUUUUUUUAUAUAUUAUAUUAUUAUUAUAAAAUAUGUCUUUGUGUACAGUUUUUUUUUAUAUGCAGUAUAAGCUUACAAACAAAAUAAUAAUAAAAUAAAAUGUAUUGGUAUAUAUA